AGACUUUGUGGCGCAUCAGUUCUGGUACCUAAUACAACGUGUGAGGUGUUACAGAAAGUACUGCAGAAGAAUUCAAAUAGAUAGCAAUUCUGAGAAUGGAAAGUGGAGCUUGAGGACAGGACCCAUAGUUAGAAAAGAAGGAAGGACAAAAUCUCUUUUCAAGUCACUGUAAAUAUUGCAUUGGGGCAGGUACUCCAUUGGCUCUUACAAAGAUUCUAUGCCUCGAAACCUCCAUCCCGUGGCCCCCCACACCCGGCCAAUUUGCUUUAUAAAGCCCGCGCCUUAGAACACCUUUUGUUUGUGGGAAGUGGGCGAAGGAGAAGGCAGACAAGCAAGAGCAAUUGUGCGUAGUUCUAUUUAUCUGAGAAUCAAGACGUGGUCUUGUACCUGAAGAAUAGAGUAUCAUCAAGCUCCAAAAUUCAGGGCCAUCAUUUUGGAUCAGGAGAAGAAAAAAGAAAGCACGCACAAGAAGAUGUACCAUCAUCACCAACAUCAAGGAAAGAACAUCCACUCUUCUUCAAGAAUGUCCACUCCUCCAGAGAGACAUUUAUUCCUGCAAGGUGCGAACAGUCCUGGAGAUUCUGGACUUGUCCUCUCAACUGAUGCUAAGCCAAGACUUAAAUGGACCCCAGAUCUACACGAGCGUUUCAUAGAAGCAGUAAAUCAGCUAGGAGGAGCAGACAAGGCUACUCCAAAAACAGUGAUGAAACUCAUGGGGAUUCCAGGACUCACCUUAUACCACCUCAAAAGUCAUCUUCAGAAGUACAGGCUCAGUAAAAAUUUGCAUGGACAGGCUAAUAGUGGGGCCAACAAAACAGGUAUGGCUGGACUGGGGUGUGACAGAGUAUCUGAAGCAAACGGAACAACUUCGAACAAUUUAAGUAUUGGACCCCAUACAAACAAAAACUUACAUAUAAGUGAAGCACUACAGAUGCAAAUUGAAGUGCAGAGAAGAUUACACGAGCAGCUUGAGGUGCAGCGACACUUGCAGCUCCGGAUAGAGGCUCAAGGAAAAUACCUGCAGGCAGUGUUGGAAAAAGCCCAGGAGACACUCGGAAGACAGAACAUAGGUACCGUGGGACUUGAAGCUGCCAAAAUGCAACUAUCUGAACUGGUGUCCAAAGUAUCCAAUCAAUGUCUAAAUUCUGCAUUUUCAGAGCUGAAAGAGCUGCAGGGGUUGUGCCCCGAGCAAGCCCUAGCAACCCAGCCCACUGAUUGUUCAAUGGAUAGCUGUCUAACUUCCUGUGAAGGGUCUCAAAAGGAUCAAGAAAUACACAACAGGGGGAUGGGGAUGAGACCUUAUUCUGUAAAUGCAUUCUUGGAGCAAAAAGAGAUGUCUGAGGGCCACGUGGUACAAAAAACAGAACUCAAGUGGUCUGAAGACCUGAAAGAGAGCAUGCUUCAUUCCUCGAUGGUUAAAGAUACACAAAGAAGAAUGUUCCCUAUUGAUAGAAGCUCCAACGAUUUAUCCAUGAGAAUAGGACUUCAAGGAGAAAAGGGGAAUGGCAGCAACAGCUGUUCUGGAGGAAGAUUUAAAGGAAGGGACUUGGAAGACAAUUUUCUAGACCGAAUCAACAAGAAGGCAGAAUCAAGUAAACCAGAAAAUGAGAAAAAUUCCCAAGGAUACAGAGUGCCUUACUUUGUAGCCAAACUGGACCUAAAUGCCCAUGAUGAGAAUGAUGCUGCUGCUGCUGCUGGAAGUUGCAAGCAAUUCGACUUGAAUGGUUUCAGCUAGAGCUGAGAGCCAGAGGGAUUAAACCAAGCGAUAAGUAAAAUAGGCAAGGCUAGGUCAUUAGAUUUGUAUCAGAAGGGAAUGGUCAGAAAGAUACCUGCCGCUCUCCUAUUCUUGCCAGAUUGCCAUGAGCAAUCGAUGGGAGAAAUCGGAAUAAGUUGCACUGCCAAUUUAGUAGCUCCUGUAAAAUUUACUUUUAAUAUCUCGUACAUGAAUGAGAGCUCAACGAUUACAUGCAA